UUCACCAUUCCUCUUCGAUUUUUCUUCCCUCAUUCUCUCUCAUUUUUCAUUCUCUCAAAAAUUUGAUAAGCUGUUGCACUAUUGCUUUCAAUUUUCCAGCACAAACUCAGACUAAACCCACAGCUCUCAAUAUGGCAAUAAUUGGCCUUUUUGAGAUUUUCGUUGCCGUCAUUAGCUUCUUCAUUCUUAGCUGCUUCAUCAACAACAAUGGGCCGCCCAGGAACUAUCCAUUGGUGGGAAUGUUGCCAGAACCUUUGAUUAACCUUCAAAGGAUUCAUGAUUGGGCUACAAAAAUUCUAGAGAGAAACAACUGUACUUUUCUGUUCAAAGGUCCAUGGUUUUCAAACAUGGACAUUUUAGUUACGGUUGAUCCAGCCAACAUACACUACAUAAUGAGUUCAAACUUCUCCAACUUCCCAAAAGGACCUGAUUUCAAAGAAAUAUUUGAUGUUCUCGGAGAUGGGAUUUUUAAUGCAGACUCAGAUUUGUGGAGAAGCCAAAGAAAAGCUGCUCAAAUGUUGAUGAAUCAUCAGAGGUUUCACAGGUUUUUGUUGAAGACCAGCUUGGAAAAACUGGAGAAAGGGCUGAUCCCAAUCCUGGAACAUGUGGCCAAGCAAGAGAAAACUGUGGAUUUACAGGAUUUGUUCCAGAGAUUUACAUUCGAUUUUACUUUCAUAUUGGUUGCAGGAUAUGAUCCAGAGUCUUUGUCUAUUGAAUUUCCUGAAGUCCCAUUCGCAAGGGCCCUGGAAGAUGCUGAGGAAUCGAUAUUAUACAGGCAUGCUUUCCCCGAAAGAAUCUGGAAGCUACAAAGAUGGCUAGGCAUUGGACAAGAAAAGAAGUUGAAGAAAGCCAAGGAGACAUUAGAUCGAAUCGUCUUCGAAUAUAUAAAGAAGAAAAGAGAGGAUUUGAGCUAUGGAAUUCAAGCGAAAGAAGAAGACGGUGUGGAUUUGUUGACAUCAUACAUGAAUGAAGAGCACCAAACUGUAGCAUUGAAACUUGAUGACGAGUUCUUGAGAGAUACAAUUUUAAGCUUCAUGAUUGCUGGGCGAGACACAACAAGUUCAGCUCUCACUUGGUUCUUCUGGCUUCUUUCAAAGAACCCACAAGUGGAAACCAAGAUUAGAGAAGAGCUUACACUAAUAACUCCAAUGGACAAAACCAGUGCAAAAUGGUGGAAAUUCGACAUCAAAAAGUUAAACAAGCUUGCUUAUCUACAUGGAGCAUUGUGUGAAACAUUAAGGCUUUACCCACCAGUUCCUUUUCAACACAAGGUCCCGAUGGAGCCAGCCAUCCUUCCAAGUGGGCACCGAGUUACUCCGAAGAAUAAGAUCUUGUUUUCCUUGUAUGCGAUGGGAAGAAUGAAGUCGAUCUGGGGAGAGCACUGCCUGGAAUUCAAGCCUGAGAGAUGGAUUUCGGAGAAAGGAGGGACCAAACAUGAGCCUUCGUACAAGUUUUUAGCUUUUAACGCAGGACCAAGAACUUGCCUUGGCAAAGAAGUGGCUUUCACUCAAAUGAAGGCUGUGGCAGCCACCAUAAUUCAUAACUACAAUGUUCAAGUAGUGGAAGGACAACAACAUUGUCCCAACGUAUCAAUCAUUCUUCACAUGAAGUCGGGCUUAAAGGUAAGAUUACUCAAAAGAUGGCCUGAUCAGUAGAAGUGGCUGUUAGAUUGCAUGUAGUUUAAUAUGCUUGGUUCGUAAUGAGUCAAGUUUCAAAUUUAAUAAAAACUGCAAUGUCUAAGUUCUAUCUUA